AGCUAACGUCAUCACGGAUCGACUAGGCAAGCAACUCCGACGAGUUCCUUUACUCCGGACUUGCAUCGGCAUCCAUCCUUUGUCUCUCGAGGCCGGCACUUUUGCAACCGCCAUCCUCGAGCCAAAGCGCAUCUUGCGAAACUACCGGCUGCGCUUACUCUUACACCUUCGUCACAACUUCACCAUGCCCCCCUCCGUGUCCAUCGUGACCAAGAUCAAGGUGCAGCUGAAGCUGUCGAUCGCGAGGUUGCGCAUGAUCCAGCAGCGCGACGAGGCAACGUCCAAGUCGCAGCGGCGCCUGAUGGCGCAGCUGCUCGAGUCCGGCAAGGUCGAGUCGGCGCGCAUCCGGGUCGAGAACAUCAUUCGGUCCGACAUCACGACCGAGGUGCACGAGGUCCUCGAGCUCUACUGCGAGCUGCUCCUCGCGCGCGCCGGCCUGCUCGACAGCCCGACGUGCGACCCGGGCCUCGAGGAGGCUGCCAAGAGCAUCGUCUACGCCGCCCCCAAGACCGAGGUCAAGGAGCUGCACGCGGUGCGCGCGCUGCUGGGCGAGCGGUUCGGCAAGGACUUCAUCCUGGCCGCCUCGACAAACGCCGACGGCAAGGUCGCCGACAAGGUCGUGCGCAAGCUCAGCAUCACCCCGCCCCGUGAGGAGCUCGUCAAUGGGUACUUGGAGGAGAUCGCGCGCGCGUACGGCGUCAACUGGCCGCCCAGGAAGGAGCCGGGGGAGCCACCGAGCCUGGUGGAUGCCGAGAUCGACGACCUCGUCGACGGCAAGGACGAUGAAGGACCUGGCGGCGGCGAUGGCGGCGGAGGCCAGCAGAAGAACGCGGCGGACGUAGAGGCGGGACUGAGCAAGGCGACACCGCCAAAGACGAUAGGCCCCGGUAGCCCACUCCGGGUCAACCCACCCAGCCCCUCGACCGACAACAUCCAUCCGAGGGUAACCCUCAAUAGCAUGGAGCUGAAACCGAGCCAGAAGAUGGUGGACGCAGGGCUUGCCAAGAAGCCAACCGCAGCAGCUAGUAAACCUAGCGGCGACGGACUGCCGGAACUCGACGAGAUCGCAAAGAGGUUUGCGGCUUUAAAGAGGUGAAGGGGGGAGUAGGUCCGCGUUGCCGGUGGCUUCUGGUGUCUUUGUGACAACACUCUGCCUUUUUUCACUUCCCUUUAUCGUUCUCCAUGUUUACUUCCUACGCCCAUCCACCUAGUUGCCUUGGUCUUGCUACUUUUAUCUCGCGUGGCUGGCUACCGUUUCUAAGAGACCCAAUAUCUGCUCCACCUGCCCUGGGUAUCCUUUUUAGGCGUGCACACGAUGCCUCUUAUUCGCGGCCUGAUGUGUAGGUUGGUAGGCACGUACCUGAGCGUUCGCCUUUAGAUAUCAAACAGAUCGGUAGGCAUAUUUUACCAUUUUAUGCUCCUA